ACGUUAGGUCAGACUGGAUGUAGCUAACGGAUACCUCGUUAGCUUGUUAUUUAGAGAGCUGUUUUAAUUGUUACCUCAUAGGUAACUGGAAAUGGACUUAAUAUUAAAAAACAUUUUAUGUGUUUAGCCUCAUUUAACUAUGUGACUUAACUGUCGUAACUUACUUCCAAACAACUCCAAACUCUGGUUAGCCUGGCUUUGGAGUGAGAGAUUUUGGCUUCCCGAAAAUGUUACAUGGGCGGACCUGGAGCAACCACCACCUGGUGUCGAGUAUCCCCGAAUGAGACACAUACUUUACGCCCUACCUCUGGCUGUCGGAGUUUUUCUACUAAGAAUGAUUUUUGAAAGGCUAGUGGCCAAACCCUGUGCCCACAUACUUCAGAUUCAGGCGGGAGUACCUCGGCAAGCUCAGCCCAAUGCUGUCCUGGAGAAGGUGUAUCAGUCCAAAACGUGUCCGGACACGAGGCUACUGGAGGGACUCUCCAAGCAGAUGGACUGGGAUGAACGGAAAAUACAGAGAUGGUUUCGGGUCCGUCGAAACCAAGACAGGCCCAGUACACAGAAAAAGUUCUGUGAAAGCAUGUGGCGGUUUACUUUUUACUUGGGGAUUUUCAUCUAUGGCAUUCGACAUUUGUGGGUGUCGCCUUGGAUGUGGGACACCAGACAGUGUUGGUACAACUAUCCUUUUCAGCCUCUCAGUCCUGGACAGUUCAACCACUAUGCAGCUGAGCUGGCUUUCUAUUGGUCUCUGAUGUUUUCCCAGUUCAUAGACAUUAAACGAAAGGAUUUCAUCAUCAUGCUUGUCCACCACCUGGCCACCAUAUUCCUCAUCACAUUCUCCUACGCCAACAACAUGCUAAGAGCUGGCACUUUAGUCAUGUGUGUGCACGAUGCAUCCGACAUCUUCCUCGAGGCUGCCAAGCUGGCCAACUAUGCCAAGUACCAGAGGCUAUGCGAUGGCCUGUUUGUGGUGUUUAGCAUAAGCUUUUUCUUCACUCGACUCAUCAUCUAUCCUUUCUGGGUUGUUUACAGUGUUCUGAUUGAGAGCUGGGAGAUCGUUGGGCCUUACCAGGCCUGGUGGUUGCUCAACGGGUUACUGUUGGUGCUGCAGAUUCUUCACAUCAUCUGGUUCUACCUCAUCACUCGCAUUGCUAUCAAAGCUAUAUUCAAAGGAAAGGUGGCAAAAGACGACCGCAGUGACAUCGAGAGCAGCUCGGACGAGGAUAUUCAUUCCAGUUCCAGUAAAAAUCCCAGUCAAACCCUAAAACCAAAGGACCGCAGUCACACUGGUAACCUCAAUGGAGACACUCAUGACCACUGAGUACCAUGAGGGGAUGUUUACUUCCAGUGUGGCUUUUAUUCACCUGCUGCCUGUGUGACUCACCUUGUCACUUUGACCUCCUGAAGAGACAUUCAACUUUCUGAGUGGACUCAGAUACAGAGGAACUUUUUGUGUGGACUUAGCACUGUCUUACUGAGUCAGGUUUACAGCUGCUUUUUGCUUAUAGGAGUGUGUGUGUGUGUGUGUGUGUGUGUGUGUGUGUGUGUGUGUGUGUGUGUGUGUGUGUGUGUGUGUGUGUGUGUGUGUGUGUGUGUGUGUGUGUGUGUGUGUGUGUGUGUGUGUGUGUGUGUGUGUGUGUGUGUGUGUGUGUGUGUGUAAAUUGAAACGGCAUGUCAACAGUGCUAUUGUCAAAAAGCAUUUUCUACAUGUAAAUACAUUUUAUUAGUGAAAAUGGUAAUAUAUUUACAGCUGUAAAACAAAUCACUGCAAUCUGCCUUACUAUAUUUACUGCUUACCCUGUUGUAAGCUAAAUAUUUCUCUAAAAAUGCCAAAUAUUUCUUAAUAAAACAUUAUUGUAUCUAA